GAAGGACGAGAAGCUGAGAAAGUGCCGAGAAAAGAAAAGCAGAGCGGAGGAAUCUCCAAUCCGUUUACACCCGGUAAGCAACAGAGAGAAUCCGAAGAUACCGAACUGGAAGCCAUUCGGGCGCUCUCACUUCAUCCGUUUCCCGAGAGCUUGGAAAAGCAGAGCAGCUGAAAUCGAAGCUAUGGGGAUUUUGCACGAGGACGUUGUGGUAAUUAACCAGGCGGAGAAGGCUGGGGAGCCCACUGUCAUCACUGUGAAUUGUCCUGACAAGACUGGGUUGGAAUGUGAUUUGUGCAGAGUUAUAUUACUGUUUGGCCUCAGCAUUUGCAGGGGAGAUGUUUCAACAGAUGGGAAAUGGUGCUACAUAGUGUUUUGGGUGGUGGGGAAACCAAGCACAAGGUGGAAUUUGUUGACAAAGAGACUGUUGGCAGCGUGUCCAUCGUAUUUUUCGACUUCUGGAAUAUUCUAUUACCGGCCCGAAAACCAGCAGCCUAAGCCACCGGAUGUGUUCCUUUUGAAGUUCUGGUGUUCUUAUGAACGGGACGGACUAUUGCAUGAUGUCACUGAGGUUCUCUGUGAGCUGGAGCUCACUAUAAACAGUGUGAAGGUAUCGACUACCCCCGAUGGGAGAGUAAUGGACCUUUUCUUCAUUACAGAUACUAGAGAAAUUCUUCAUACAAAAAGAAGACAAGAUGAAACGAUUGAUUCUCUGAAGGCUGUUUUAUGCAAUGCUUUGUUGAGUUGCGAAAUUGAGUUGGCCGGAUCAGAAGUUACAGCGUGUUUACAGGGUUCUCCGUAUCUUCCUUCUGCUAUUACCGAAGAAAUGUUCAGCUUAGAGCUGCCCAACGGACGCCUAAGCAGAUCUGUUGCCUCCAACCCCGUUUCAGUAACCGUAGACAAUCACCUUAGCCCAUCUCACACACUUGUUCAAAUCUUCUGCCAAGAUCAUAAGGGUCUCAUAUAUGACAUCAUGAGAACCCUGAAGGAUUACAAUAUUCAGGUUCGUUAUGGACGAUUCUGUGCUAACCCAAGAGGAAAUUGUGAGUUAGACUUGUUCAUAAUGCAAGCAGAUGGGAAGAAGAUUGUUGACCCGAACAAGCAAAAUGCAUUAUCUUCCCGCUUGAGAAUGGAGCUUCUGCAUCCUCUUAGAGUGGCUGUGGUGAGCCGUGGUCCUGACACUGAGCUGCUGGUUGCUAACCCCGUUGAGUUGUCUGGCAGGGGCCGUCCUCUUGUCUUUUAUGAUAUCACACUCGCCCUCAAAGUUCUAAAAACACGCAUAUUUUCUGUCAAGAUAGGCAGACACAUGAUCCGGGAUCGAGAGUGGGAAGUAUACAGAAUCCUGCUAGAUGAAGGAGUUGGUUCUCCAGUGCCAAGGAACAAAAUUGAGGAAAGUGUAAGAAACAAGUUGAUGGGAUGGGAAUAGAUUGGAUGCCGAAUUUAGUUGUUGCCGGCUUUCAUAAUUGUGCAGUGUACAGCAUAUUUUCUUAAGCAUCGAGUUUCUAGUUCUACCACGGCAAGAUGCAAACUGGUAAAUCAGUACGCGCAUAAUAAAGAGCCAAUCUGUUGCAUAACCUCCGUGCCUCCAUCUUAACUUGCAUUGCUUAUGAAAGAAACUUGGCAAUCUCAUCUCUUCUGGCAUGUUUACGUGACGAAUGUUUCGAUAUUUCAUCCUGUUCAUCGCCAUUCUUUACGAUGUCUCUCACUAAUCUUUCACUGUAGACUAUAUCAGAAUUUGAUUUGUUGGUAGAAGAUCGAAUUUGAGGAGUGGUUUGGGGUUA